AUGUAAUGAGUCGGAAAGGUUGCGCAAUAUGGUCUGUUCAUCACGCCGGUUGACGAUAGCCGGUUGAACAAACAGGAUUCAGUGAAAUUCAUUUUGUUAAAAAUAGUUGAUUAUUUGAUAUCAAUAGUGGUUCACGUUGUCGUCCUUCAUAAACAAAUGAACCAGUUCAUAAACAGAGCAAUCCUCGUCAGCGAACGUUCAUCGCUUAGUUCUCUUGUAAAGGGAUUUCGUACAUCUGCCCAAAACAUGGUUAUCGCUAUCGGUGACAAACUUCCUACAAUUGACCUUUUUGAAGAUUCACCAGCUAACAAGGUAAAUCUUGCAAAAAUUGCUUCUGGGAAAAAAAUUGUAGUUUUCGCAGUACCGGGGGCUUUUACACCAGGAUGUUCGAAGACCCAUCUUCCAGGGUAUAUACAAAAAGCUGGAGAAUUGAAAAAUAAAGGUGUUUCAGAAAUCUUUUGUAUAGCAGUUAAUGAUCCUUUUGUUAUGGCUGCUUGGGGUAAAGAACAUGGAGCAAAUGGCAAGGUAAGAAUGUUGGCAGACCCUGCAGGUGAAUUUUCAGAUGCAAUAGGGAUGUCUGUAGAUCUACCUGUAUUGGGUGGAAAACGAAGCAAAAGAUAUUCUAUGCUCCUUGAUGAUGGGCUGAUUAAAGAAUUAAAUGUUGAACCAGAUAACACAGGACUUACCUGUUCUCUAGCUGAUAAGAUGAAAGUAUAAGAAGUACAUAUAUCAAAUGUUGUGUAGUAGGUUCACCAAAAAAAAUUAUUAUGGUCUAAUACCUUAACUUAACAAAUAUGUUAUGUUUUUGUCACAUAUUAAUAAAAUAAAUAAAACACAACUUACAAUUA